UGUGAGGCAGUCAAGCACAGAGAAGGGAAUGAAAGCAAGGUUGGCUCCUAUGAUGUUGCCUUACGUGCAUGGAAGGAGAAAUAACCAAGUUUACAACUGAAGCUUGUCUCAGAAAAUAGAGCCGCGUCGUCUUCCUUCAUCUCCAUGCUGGCAGAAUAAACCUUUUUUGUUUAGCAGCCGUGCUUUUCUUCGUUGUUGCUUAGUACCUUUCAGCGCUUUGUUUUUGUGUGCAUGCGGACCCAGCGAGGUUGACAAGGGGUGGCAAUCCUGCUCAGAGAGAGCUGGGAUAGCAGCCAGACAGGAAAAUUGUAAGACUUUGGUGGAGUGCAAUGGUGGACAGCAUGGUGGACACUGGUGUCAAGAUUGGUGGAUGCAUCAGAGGGAUUGAAGGUAGCCUGAGCGGCACUUUGCGUUGUGUGUUGUCUCGGUGCUGGAGCUGGGAGAGUCUCCACUCCACCACAGUGAUUCUUCCGGAUGGGCUCUCAAAGAAACUGGGCUCUGGACAAGAUCUGGGCAGUGAGGAUGAUUUGUUGUAUGAAGAAUUCUGCAGUUCUGUUCACUGUUUUGGACAUCCAGGAGGAGGUGGAGGAGAACAGCUGGCUAUCAAUGAGCUUAUCAGUGACGGAAAUGUUGUGUAUGCGGAGGCGCUCUGGGAUCACGUCACCAUGGACGACCAAGAGCUCGCUUUCAAGGCUGCUGACGUCAUCCAAGUGGUCGAUGCCACCAACAAGGAGUGGUGGUGGGGUCGCAACGUGGACAGAGAAGGAUGGUUUCCUUCCAGCUUUGUUCGGUUGCGUGUGAACCAAGAUGAACCCUCAGAGGACUUUCCAACCCACCUGGAAGGUGACCAGUCUGCAGGACAACAACAACAACCGGGUUUUGGAUUGAUUUUAGGACCUGGAUUACCCAGCAAGGAGCAGAUGAGGGCUAACGUCAUCAAUGAGAUUAUGUGCACGGAGAGGGACUACAUCAAGCACUUGGAAGACAUCUGUGAGGGUUACAUCAGACAAUGCCGCAAGAGGACCGACAUGUUCACAGAAGAGCAGCUUCAAACCAUCUUUGGGAAUGUUGAAGAGGUCUACAAGUUCCAGAAAACAUUUCUAACUCUCCUGGAGAAGAAGUUGAACAAGGAGCAGCCACAUUUGAGUGAACUUGGCUGCUGCUUCCUUGAACAUAAAACCCACUUCCAGAUUUACUCGGAGUACUGCAACAAUCAUCCCAACGCCUGCAUUCAGCUCUCUUUGCUCUUGAAGGCCAACAAGUAUGUGUUCUUCUUUGAGGCCUGUCGACUUCUCCAGAAGAUGAUUGACAUUUCUCUGGAUGGAUUUUUGCUGACACCUGUUCAGAAAAUCUGCAAGUAUCCUCUGCAGCUGGCUGAACUGCUGAAAUAUACCAACCCGCAGCACAGGGAGUAUAAAGACGUGGAGGCCGCCCUAAAUGCCAUGAAGAAUGUGGCCAGUCUCAUCAAUGAGAGGAAACGGCGCUUUGAGAACAUUGAGAAGAUUGCCCAAUGGCAGAGCUCCAUAGAGGGUUGGCGGGGUGCAGAUGUUCUAAGCAGGAGCUCUGAUCUCAUCUUCUCUGGAGAGUUGACUAAACUUUCUCAUCCUCAUGGCAGGAGCCAACAAAGGAUUUUUUUCCUCUUUGACCAUCAGAUGGUGUAUUGCAAAAAGGACCUCCUGCGCAGGGACAUGUUAUAUUACAAAGGUCGGAUGGACAUGGACCACAUGGAGGUCAUAGAUGUGGCGGAUGGAAAGGAGAAGAACUUCAGCAUCAACGUCAGGAACACCUUGAAGUUGCGCUCACUGGCCGGCGAUGAGGUUCAUCUCCUGACGGCCAAGAAAGCCGAACAGAAACAACGCUGGCUCCGAGCUUUUGCAGAUGAGAGGAGGCAGGUCCAGUCUGACCGAGAGACAGGUUUCUCCCUCACUGAGGUCCAAAAAAACCAGGCCAUUCUGAAAGCCUACCCAUCCGGGAAACCCAAAGUGGUGAGCAGACCUUGCUACGACUUCCUGCUGCGACAUAAACAUCCCGUGGCGACGUCUCUAGCUCCACAGCACGUGUUCAUGUUGGCUGAGCCCAAACGCAAAGCUUCAACCUUCUGGCACAACAUCGGCAGACUGACACCCUUCAAAAAGUAACACAAGCAAGCAAGCAAACUCCAAAUAUAUUUUUUGGCUGCGAUGAAGGACUUUGGUUUUGUGAAUAACCUUUUAGGUAAAGAACCUGACCUGUAAAAUCUAAUGGAGGACCUGUUUGACUUCAAGUGCAACUGUGCUAUUAGCUCAAAUAUUUUUUGACAAAUGUGCUAUUAUUUAUUCUCUGUCAAUUUACAGAAAAGAGGACUAUUGUGAGCAGGAAAAUCCUAAUAUAGUCUGGAAAAUGUUCUCUGCUCAAAAAAAAGCUACCAACCUCAAAAUGUUAUGUUUGUAUUAUAAAGUAUAUGCACACACAAAAAAAAUGUUGGGUUGAAAUUUUAACCCAACUGCUGAUUCAGAAAAGGACGAACGCCUUAUUUGAGUUAUUUUAACUCAACAUUUUGGGUAAAUUUUUUCAACCCAACUUUUGCGUUGAAUUAUUUAAACAAAACGUUUAGUUAUUAUAACUUAAUGUUUGGUUAUUCCCCAUCAAAUUAUUGGUUUGAAUUAUUUAUCCCAAAAGUUAAUUCAGUGUUGGGUGAUUGUAAAUAAUAUUAAUGUAAAUAACAAUCCAUAAUAAAAUUUGCUUCAAGAAAAAAGUUACUUUUUAAUUAAAAAAAGGUUCAUCAUUUUGAAAACCCAGAAAUUUAGUUAAAAUAAUACACUUGUAACCCGAAUAUUUGAUUGUUAUUCAUAAAAAUAACUCCAAAAUUAUAACCCAACACUAGCAACUCAUAAAUUGGGUUAUCAAAAUAACUCUGUAUUUUUUAGUGUGCAAGGACCUGGCUUAAAUUGGGCCCCUAAACAGAAUUUAAUUUGUUAUUACUUGUUUUAUUAUGUAAUAUUUAUAUCUAUAUGUAUAUCUAUAUAUAAAAACUAAAUAAUUGUAUUUAUGAUAAUAUAAAUAUAAUAAUGCUCACUUACUUGGCUGCUGACAUUUAUAUUAGUGCUGUCAAAUGACUUAUUUUUAACAGGUUAAUUACACUUUUGAAAUGAGAAUAAUAAUGAUUAUUCACAGUUCAAUCUUUUACUUAAAGAAUUCAGAUUAACAGUUGGAAGACCCCGCAUUUUGACAGAAAUUUAGUUGUAUUCUCAGAGUGUUGUAUUCAAACAUUUUCGAAAUGUUUUAAUUAACUGCGGGUGAUUGACUUGCUGAAAACUUGAUGAGAGUUUAGUAAGAAUUAAGUUAAAGUUAAAAGCUAAAGAACCACGGAUAGUCACACACACACCAGGUGUGGUGAAAUUACUCUCUACAUUUUACCCAUCCCCUUGUUUUACUCCCUGGGAGGUGAGGGGAGUAGUGAGCAGCAGCGGUGGUCGCGCUUGGGAAUCAAUAGUGGACAUUUUGAAAGUAUUUUCAAUAAAUGGUGUGCGUGUCGAUGGGGGCCUCCUAAGUCUUCACUUCAUGACAGUCAUGUGACUGUUUAGGGCGGCCUCUCGUAUUCCACAAUGGGUCGCAGCAUUAAGGGUGUUGUCACACAUUUUGGUAAGGUUUGUGAAAAGUUUGAUGGUUGAAUUUACUUCAUGUGAACUUUCCGGUGUGGUUUGCCUUUAUUGGAAGGCAGCUAGAUGCUGGCAUUUAAAGGCCUACUGAAAUGAGAUUUUCUUAUUCAAACGGGGAUAGCAGGUCCAUUCUAUGUGUCAUACUUGAUCAUUUCACGAUAUUGCCAUAUUUUUGCUGAAAGGAUUUAGUAGAGAACAUCCACGAUAAAGUUUGCAACUUUUGGUCGCUAAUAAAAAAGCCUUGCCUGUACCGAAAGUAGCAGACGAUGUGCGCGUGAUGUCACGGGUUGUGGAGAUCCUCACAUCCGCACAUUGUUUACAAUCAUAGCAACCAGCAGCGAGAGUGAUUCGGACCAAGAAAGCGACAAGCUCCCCAUUAAUUUGAGCGAGGAUGAAACAUUUGUGGAUGAGGAUAGUGAGAGUGAAGGACUAGAGAGAAAAAAAAUAAAGAGAGGGCACUGGGAGCAGUUCAGAUGUUAUUAGACACAUUUACCAAGAUAAUUCUGGAAAAUCCCUUAUCUGCUUAUUGUGUUACUAUUGUUUUAGUGAGAUUAUAUAGUCGUACCUGAAAGUUGGAGGGGUGUGGUGACCGCUAGUGUCUCUGAGGGAAGCCACGGAGGAAGCAAGAGAGUCGCAGCUGCCUCUUUGACAGCUGCAGGAGGAACGACACAAGCUCUGCUCAUGUCAACGGUAAGGGCCGACUUAUUACCACAAUUUUCUCACCGAAACCUGCCGGUUGACAUGUGCUAGAGAACCAUGUUGGCUUGACCGCUCUGUUCCAUAUUAAAGUUUCACCGUCAUCUUUAGGGUACGUAAACAAAGAAACACCGGCUGUGUUUGUGUUGCUACAGCCAGCUGCAAUACACCGCUUUCCACCAACAUCUUUCUUCUUUAUAGUCUCCAUUAUUAAUUGAACAAAUUGCAAAAGAUUCAGCAACAGAGAUGUCCAGAAUACUGUGUAAUUAUGCCAUUAAAGCAGACGACUUUUAGCCGUAAUCGGUGCUGGAAGAACAUGUCCGCUACAACCAGUGACGUCACGCGCACUCGUCAUCAUACGCCUCGUCAUUCCGCAACGUUUUCAACAGGAUACUUCGCGGGAAACUUAAAAAUGCAAUUUAGUAAACUAAAAAGGCCGUAUUGGCAUGUGUUGCAAUGUUAAUAUUUCAUCAUUGAUAUAUAAACUAUCAGACUGCGUGGUCGGUAGUAGUGGGUUUCAGUAGGCCUUUAAGACCCGACAUGCUCCGAGGAUUACUCUGCUCACUGCGGCAGCGAAUCCAGACAAUUUUGGGCUUGCCGGGAAAUCCGCAAUAUUGUGGGGUUUUAACCUUGCCAUACAGCUUGCACUUUUCUUUGUCGAGUUCCGAUCUGUGUUUGUUCCGGCCUGUGGCUGCAGUGCUGGUGCCUUUCAACACUAUGCUACAUUUAAAAAAACAGUGCCGUUCCAGGAAAUUAGCAUUAGUUUUUCAACGUGAUUAAUCACAACAAAAAGAUGGAAUGAAUCAUGUGUGUAAGCAGAUUAGUCACGCAGAGAAACUACCUUUAAAUUAAAUUAAUUUGAGCAAACAAGUAUUAACCUGUGGUUAGUCAUGAUUAAUCCAAACUCAAUAGUGUGAUUAAUCUGAUUUUUAAAAAACAUCAUUUGACAGCACUAAGAGAUACAUAAUAAUGAUUUGGUUUGGUCAAGUCAAAGCAUGUUAUUUUGAGUUAUGGUAAAGACUAUAUUUUUUGUCCUAUGUGACUAAACUAGAUUAAGAUUAGAGCAGGGGUGUCAAACUCAAAUACAGAGUGGGCCAAAAUUUAAAACUGAACAAAACCGCGGGCCAAAGUUGAACAAAUUAACCUUUAAUAGGGACCCAAACAAGUUUUGCAUUGAAUAUUAAACAAGCAAGGCUUAUAUAACUUUAUAGUCACAUGCAAAAUCGAGUUUCAAUUUAUAAUAAUUAUUAGAAAAAUAUCAAUGGGAUAUCAAAAAAAAUUGUAAUAAAAAUUGGGGGAGCGGGGUUUGGUGGUAGGGGGGGUGUAUAUUGUAGCGUCCCGGAAGAGUUAGUGCUGCAAAGGGUUCUGGGUAUAUCUUCUGUUGAGUUUAUGUUGUGCUACGGUGUGGAUGUUCUCCCAAAAUGUCUUUUUUCAUUCUUGUUUGGUGUGGGUUCACAGUUUGGCGCUUAUUUGUAAAAGUGUUAAAGUUGUUUAUAUGGCCACCCUCAGUGUGACCCUUAUGGCUGUUGAUCAAGUAUGCCUUGCAUUCACUUGUGUGUGUUAAAGCCGCAUGUAUUAUGUGACUGGGCCGGCACGUUGUUUGUAUGGCGGAAAAGCAGACGUGACGACAGGCUGUAGAGGACGCUAAAGGCAGUGCCUUUGAGGCACGCCCCCAAUAUUGUUGUCCGGGUGGAAAUCGGGAGAAAUUAGGAAGAAUGGUUGCCCCGGGAGAUUUUCGGGAGGGGCACUGAACUUUGGGAGUCUCCCGGGAAAAUCGUGGGAGUUGGCAAGUAUUAGUAUCAGCGGUGAAUGCAAUGUUACAGAGACAUCGCCUCUGUAUAAUACCGGCUGGCCAGCUCUAAUCUUAAUUUGAUAUUACCUCAAGGGCCAAAUGAAAUUACACGGCGGGCCACAUUUGGCCCGCGGGCCAGAGUUUGACACCCAUGGUUUAGAGGUUGGAAAUAGGAACAGAGUUUGGGUUAAGAGUUAGGAAACUUCCUGCCGGACGACAAGCUGGCAUCAUUUCCAUGCUGUGUCCGUUUUCUUUCUGCUCUUCUGCUCUUUGCUGUUCUACCUUCAAGUGAAGUUGCUGUGAAAACAAGUCCAUGAUGUCAUAUUGUUCGUGGUAUAUUGCUGCACGCUUCUGCCUUUCAUGGAAUCAUUUCAUGGAUUUGACGCACUGUGGCCACCCAUUACCCCCGACAGGGAAAAUAGGAAAGUGUAAGAAAUGAUAUGCUCAGCAUUGUUCUCAUGCACUACAACAAUGUUGAAAAAUCUCCACUCCAGUUUAUUAAUUUAUAUUUUGAAUAGUGACGUACAAUAGGCAGAAUGUGCAUCCUAAAAUAUGCUCCUGAUGUGUAAAAAAAUAGAUUAGAACACGGCCUAGUGGUUUAUAAAUGUAACAACUUCCCUGGGUGUUCUGCAAGACAAUAGAAUAUUGAUGUAACUGUUUGUAUUACGUCAUUAUUGCAGAUAAUGCUGUAAAUAUGUAUAGUUAAUGGCAACUAUACACAUUUUCAUACAUAUUUAUGUAAUUGUGUGUACGUGUACACAUUCUAUAUAUUUUCUGUACAGAAAACCCUCUUGAAUAAAUUGUACUACAAUAGAAGUAGCAGUGGUUCUCUGAGUUAAUGAAAUGUGGUAGCAUUUACACUGUACAAAAAAGGAGAUUUUGUGAUGAUCAGUUGCCCGGAUCAUGUUUUGUUUUAGUUUAAGACUCCCUUAGUUUUGUUUCAGCACCCCUGGGUUUGUGCUUCUUGGUUGUCAAGGGUGCUGAUUAUUUUCACCUGCCUCUGAUUAGUGUUCGGAACGCUCACCUGCUCCCGGGCAAUAAUCAGAGAGCUAUUUAUUCCUGCCUUUUGCCACACUUGGUCUGGCUGUCUUGUUUGCUCUAAGCAACAAGUUACAUUUCUGUAUAACUUGCUUCUGGUGUCUAUGCCUGUGUGUCCAACAUUUUGCUGCGCUGUUACUUCAUAGUGGUGUCACAUAUAAACAUUAUUUUACUGGAAGCAACGGUAUUGCAGUUGUUGACAGAGCUGCGAAAAAGGGACCGGGGAAAAAAACAUAGCAUUAUGCGCAUCAUACACUUUGUAAAGAAGAGCCUAUGUGUGUCAUGUAGGCCCAUGGGACUUUGAUAAACAUAUUAAUGGUGGAAACCAUUGCAGUGUCUACACCUUUAGACAUUUCAAAUGUUUACUUUUUUCGACAAAAACAAAAGUCCCAAAGUGAAAACAAUCUGAAGUGUUUAUUAAGUUAACGGCCUACUGAAAUGAGAUUUUCCUAUUUAAACGUGGAUACCCAGGUCCAUUCUAUGUGUCAUACUUGAUCAUUUCGCAUAUUUUUGCUGAAAGGAUUUAGUAGAGAACAUCGACGAUAAAGUUUGCAACUUUUGGUCUCUAAUAAAAACGCCUUGCCUGUACCGGAAGUAGCAGACGAUGUGCGUGUGACGUCACCAGUGUGAGGGCUCCUCACAUCCUCACAUUGUUUAUAAUGUGAUCCUCAAGCAGCAAGAGCUGUUCGGACAGAGAAAGUGACGAUUUCCCCAUUAAUUUGAGCGACGAUGAAAGAUUCGUGGAUGAGGAAAGUUAGAGUGAAGCACCAAAAAAAAGCAACGGCUCCAGGCGGCGGUAAUGGGACCGUUUCAGAUGUAAUUAGACACAUUUACUAGGAUAAUUCUGGAAGAUCCAUUAUCCGCUUAUUGUUUUAAUAGUGUUUUAGUGAGAUUGUAAAGUCAUUCCUGAAAGUCGGAUGGCUGCGGUGAACGCCAGUGUCUCUCAGAGAAGCCAUAGGAGGAGCCAAGAUCACAGCUGCCUUUUUGAGCUGCAGGAGGAAGUCGCGUAAUCCACUGAAGUCUCCGGUAAGAGCCGUCUUAAUAUCACAAUUUUCCCAUCCAAAAACUUGCUGGUUGACAUAAAGAAACAUGUUCGCUUGACCGCUCUGUGUUAAAGCUUUACAACAAACAAAGAAACACAGGCUGUGUUUCGGUGCUAAAGGCAGCUGCAAUCCAGCGCUUUCCACCAACAGCAUUAUUCUUUAUAGUCUCCAUUAUUAAUUGAACAAAUUGCAAAAGAUUCAGCAACACAGAUGUCCAAAUUACUGUGUAAUUAUGCGAUGAAAAGAGAUGACGUUUAGCCGUGUGUGGUGCUGGGCUAAUAUGUCCGCUACAACCCGAGACAUCACAAACACGUGUCAUCAUUCCGCGACGUUUUCAACAAGAAACUCUGCGGGAAAUUUAAAAUUGUAGUUUAGUAAACUAAACCGGACGUAUUGGUAUGUGUUGCAAUGUUAAUAUUUCAUCAUUGAUAUAUAAACUGACUGCGCGGUCGGUAGUAGUGGGUUUCAGUAGGCCUUUAAACUUUUAAGACAUCAAAGGGGCGUUAUGACCUCUGAACCCUUUCAACUGGCCCACUGAGUCAUGCUGUCUGUCUUGAUAUUGAGUGGAAAUUGGGUUUUUUCGACACUUAGAGGUCACAAUGUUUCAUCACAUAAAGAUCACGACACACUAAGUGAAUGAUGUGGACACGUUUGUUACUGGAUACUUUCCCAUAAGCUUCAGCUCGUUAAAUUGACUCGGUGAAAGAAACAAGGUGAGUAUGGCUUCCUGUUCUUCGUGCACCUUAUUCAUGGAGAGGUUGGUUCUACUAGAGGGCCGUGUCCGCCAGUUAGAGCAAAAUCAUUUAGUAACUUUAGACGUCGCGGACACGUUCGCUAAGGUUAGCUGUAGAAAGCUGACUAGCCCUGUUUGUAGCAGCCCUAAGCGGCCUACAAGCCACUGGGAACUGGUUGAGAUGCAUAAUAGAUUUAGCCCUUUAGCUAGUCCUACAUUCAAGUCUACCGGACAUCACACUUUAGUCAUAGGGAACUCCAUCACCUGGAACAUACAGCUUAAAGGCUUACUGAAAUGAGGGGAUAGCAGGUCCAUUCUGUGUCAUACUUGAUCAUUUCACAAUAUUGCCAUAUUUUUGCUGAAAGGAUUUAGUAGAGAACAUCGACGAUAAAGUUUGCAACUUUUGGUGCUGAUAAAAAAGCCUCGCCUUUACCGGAAAUCGCAGACGAUGACGUCACAAGGGUGAGGGCUCCUCACGUCCUCACAUUGUUUUUAAUGGGAGCCUCCAGUGCAAAAGCUAUUCGGACCGAGAAAACGACAAUUUCCCCAUUAAUUAGAGCGAGGAUGAAAGAUUAGUGGAUGAUGAUAUUGAUAGCGAAGGACUAGAAAAAAAAAUAAUUAAUAAAAUAAAAAGCGCCGGCUUCGGGCGGCGGAAGUGUGAGCGUUUCAGAUGUAAUUAGACACAAUUACUAGGAUAAUUCUGGAAGAUCCCUUAUCUGCUUAUUGUUUUAAUAGUGUUUUAGUGAGCUUGUAAAUGCAUACCUCGAGGUCGGAUGGCUGCGGUGAACACGCUGUGCCUCAGAGAGAAGCCGAGGAGCCAAGCUCACAGCUGCCUUUUAAACAGCUACUGCAGGAGGACAAAUAGUCCAAUGAUGUCUCCGGUAAGAUGUAUAUCACAAUUUUCCCAUCCAAAAACAUGCUGGAUGACGUAGAGAAACAUGUUCGCUUGACUGCUCUGUGUUAAAAACAAAGAAACACCGGCUGUGUCUCGGUGCUAAAGACAGCUGCAAUACAUCACUUUCGACCAACAGCAUUGUUCUUUAUAGUCUCCAUUACUAAUUGAACAAAUUGGAAAAGAUUCAGCAACACAGAUGUCAAAAUUACUGUGUAAUUAUGCGAUGAAAAGAGACGACGUUUAGCCGUAACUGUUGCUGAGCUAAUAUUUCCUGACAGUCCGUGACGUCACGCGCACGCUUCAUCAUUCCGCGACGUUUUCAACAAGAAACUCCGUGGGAAAUUUAAAAUUGCAAUUUAAUCAACUAAACCGGCCGUAUUGGCAUGUGUUGCAAUGUUAAUAUUUCAUCGUUGACAUAUAAACUAUCAGACUGCGUGGCCAGUAGUAGUGGGUUUCAGUAGGCCUUUAAUUCAUCAUUCACACCACAAGGUGUGAAUGAAUGAUGAGUUCCCACUUCUCUGUGAGCGCUUUGAGUAUCUAAUAAUAGAAAAGCGCGGUAUAAAAUUUAAUAAUAGAAAAGCGUGAUAUAAAAUCUAAUCCAUUGUUAUUAUCAUUAUUAUUAUUAAUAAACCAGCCAUAAUUAAGAGUAUUCCCGUGGCCCAAGCACCUGAUAUUGAAGCUAAUCUUAGGGAGCUGUCUUGCAAC